CAUGAAGGGCAAGUAUGUGGAACUUACACCAGAAUAUAUUUACCCGUACAGAAACCAGGGUGGUUUUGAUAUGAUAUGUAGUGGAAGAGAUAAGAUUGAAACUCCAGAGCAGUUUCAACAAGCUGCAGAUACUGUCGCGAAGCUUGAUUUGGAUGGACUUCUUGUUAUUGGUGGGGAUGACUCUAACACAAAUGCCUGCCUCCUUGCUGAGAAUUUCAGGGGAAAGAAUUUGAAAACUCAGGUGAUUGGGUGUCCAAAAACCAUUGAUGGUGACUUGAAAUGCAAAGAAGUCCCAAUAAGUUUUGGGUUUGAUACUGCUUGCAAGAUAUAUGCAGAAAUGAUUGGAAAUCUCAUGAUAGAUGCCAGAUCAACUGGAAAAUAUUAUCACUUUGUGCGACUUAUGGGGCGUGCAGCUUCACACAUAACACUUGAAUGUGCUUUGCAAACUCCCAAACAUUACAAUUGUUGGAGAAGAGACAAGGUGCAGUGUCUUGAUAUGGAACACAAUUUGAAAAGUUAA